GGCCGCGCGCGUCAUACUGUUAUGCUCCUGAACUAGAAAAGUUAUCAGUGCAUAGAGUGUGAAAAUUUUUUCCCUGGCUUUGUCUAUGGCCGCCAGCUGGGUUAAUAUCACGAGUCGCUGCGGCGUGUAUUAAUAAGGGCGGGCGUGUGGGCGUGAGAGACUUAAGAGAAGGAGGCAGCAGCAAGCUUGCCUGCACCGGGACACAGGCACGGGGGAAACGGAACAAAAUAUGAAAGAAAUGUUUUGAGCUAUGGCAGUGUACACUAACAAAUUUCUACGGUGAUUCUCGGCCACAAAGCGCGACUCUGGGGACUUGGUGUGAGGAUGUCGAGGAGUGUGAGGCUCGGGGAGACAUUUCGGCGUGAGAAUAAGUGUUAAAAUGGGGCUCCGGAGCGCGGUAGAGGAGAAGAAUGCCAGGUCUUGGAAGGGGAAGUGAAGCGGUCAGCAUCCACGACGUUGAGAUGAAGAUGUCUCAAAGAUGUCUCAAGAUGUCUGAGAUCCAUUAGAGGGGGGAGAUUUGUACCAUGAAGAACAAGACGGAGGUGUCGAGCCCGGAUGUGUGUGUGAGGAUGAGUAAGGCAGGGCUGGAGGGGGGAGGGGGGUUGGGCAUGAUGGAGAAGAGGUCCCUCUCCCCCAACUCUCCUUCCUCCCCUCCCUCGCCCCCAAGCAGUGCUGUCACCUCUCCCUCACAGACUAAGAUUAAGUGCGAGAGUCCCGUGCCGCUCUUGGGGGGUCACGCGCCCUCGCCCCGGCCCCUAGGGUCGCCUCCGAGCACCGGCCCCGGGGCGGAGGUGAAGGGCAAGCCCGGGACCCCCAUACCCAGCAGCAGCGCCAAGGGGGCGUUGCCCCGACCCACCGGCACCGGCGGCGAGGAAGGCAAGGUUGUUACGGGGACUACUGCGACUACCACCACCACCACGACUACCACCACCACUACCACCACUACCGGCGGCAGGUUAACGUUCUUCAAAGAGGGCAAAUUCCUACUGGAGUUAUCUCAUCGAACAGAUAUGGGCGCUCCUGCUGGGUGGGUACCGGUGAAGAGCAAGACUUACUGGCCACCGCCAUCAUCUGCCACCACUACUACUACUACGCAGCAUCCGUUGCGACACGACACUCCCACGUCACAGUCUGUUUCAGAUGACUGUUCAUCGUUGAAUUCUUCUCCUUGGACGGGUGAGCAUCUGAGGAAGCAAUUGACGCCACGACGUAACAAAGGCUUUGUGUUGCAGACAGCUUCGUUUCACUGGCAUGCAUUGCCGCGUGCCCGAGACAUAAGGAAAAAAAUUAGAUUUAGACGCAACCCUUUCAUAUAUGUGAAUGGUCCAACAGGUUCUUGGGAGCCUUGUGAGAAGAUAAAAGACUCGUGUAGAACUGUUAAAUCUGAGGAUAACCAAAGUGCACUUGAGGAGAAAAAAUGCAAACUAGAGACGCGGGUUCUCUUGUUGGGACUAAAAGUUGGUUUAAAACUAGAUACCACAACUUCCAUUCAAGUGCUGUUUGAGAAACCCAUUAUAAGUGCUGAUGCGGUUGAUCCAACUUUCGUGUCUCCUAGAAAAAGGUAUCUACGACAGAUGGAAACUGAUCAAGAAUCUAUACAUCGUAAAAAGCUACAUUCUGGAGUCAAUAGUGUGUCACACAACCCCGGUGAGAACUCAUCUUCCUCAAAUCAGCCUCAUUCUCAGCCCAACAGAAGUGCCAUUAAUUCACUAACACCCUCGGUAUAUAGCAUCGAAUCAAUUUUAAACAAUGAAACUGCCAAUAGAAAGAAUGAUUCCUUCCUUAGAACUUUAUUAAAACCUGAACUGAAACCCAGUGGUACUCAAUGCAAAUCUAGUGUUGUAAGAGAACGUAUUAGUAGUGAUGUGUUAACGAGUACAGUUAAGGUAGAGAGACAGGAACGAACAGAUAGAAGUGUUUCCGAGAGGCUGGAGCAACUAAAUGCAAGUCAAAUAGAAAGGACAGACCCACUCGUUGAUCUCGGCAGGCUCUCGACGGAACGGUACGACUUGACACGUUAUGGACACAUGGCAAGUUUAUAUAGCUUGCACCCAUAUGUGGAUCCUCGGUACAUGAUGCUUCACUCUCUUGCUCCAGGAUUAGUUCCCUCUAUGUCUUCCCAGCACACAGAGAUGGCACAAGCUGUUGCUGCGGCAACUGCUGCCGCUGCAACUGCUGCAGCUGCUGCAGCAGGCCUUGGUACAUACCAGUUAGGACACUUGCCUCCAUCUUUGCCUGGGUCACAAUACCAGCACCUCUUAUCUGGGAGUUUAUCUGGUGGAUAUUCACCGCCAACGUCCAUAGCAGCCCAACUUCUUCGGCCCCAAAGCCAGUCGUCACGGUCCUCCCCACAUGCCAUAUCUCAUAGCUCAAGUCCAAAGCCCCAGGUCUCUAGUACACCCGCGUCUCCUCACAUGAGUAGAGGGGCCAGCCCUCGUGGAGCUUCGUCACCGUGGCAGCCACCACCAUCUGUGCAUCCGCUCUCACCACACAGGCCAUUAUCUUCCCCACUACCAUCUCCACCUCCACAAGAUGCACCUCUUAACUUAUCAAAACCACGGAAUCAUUCGGGCAAGUGAGAGCUGAGGAUUCCAUCCAUAUCUUAAUGAAUUGUUAAGAGAUAUUGGAGGAUUUUUGGGAUAAGCUAAUGUGGAUUAUAUUGAAGGAUUCCUUAAUUUAUUUGGGGGGGAUUUUUUUGUGAGUUAUGACUAGUGGUCAUGCACUCAAUAAAGGUCUAACCCCUUUUAUAAAAGUAUCCUACCUAGCUCUUAUGUGCUUGCAUGUUAUAGGAUAUUAAAUCACUAUGUGAAGUUGCAUACGAGAUUCACAAUUAAUUGCCAAUUUAAAGCUUAAUAGAUAUUUUUGGAAAUGGAUAAUUCCCAUUUUCUCUUCACUUAGUACAAUUUUAUGUAUAAAAAGAUAUAACAGAAUUACCACUCUGUAAAUAUGUGCCUCUUAUAGAUGUAAAUUGUAGAUUUGUAGUUUUAACAAUUUAUUCACCAGAAAACAUGACAUAUACUGAAUAGGGAUUAAUGGAAGAUAAUUUUGGUAAGGAUGUCAAAUGGCUAGACACAGUAUUACAAUACAGACCUUCAGUACGGCUCCUUACGAAGGGGCUGCAAGACCUCUUGACCGACACCUGUCGCUGUAUUUGUUAAGAAGGCGGUAAUGUAUUGCCAGUUAGGAAUAAACAAUGGUAUCCAGUGAUGGCAGCAUUGAUCCUGGCUUCGACGCAUUUGCUGUAAGUCAGUUUAUGUUAGUAGGAGUGAGAGUUGGGACUCUUGGUGGAAGUCAGUUCAUGGUAAUAGCAGCCGGAGUGGCAACUCUCGCAUUCAUUCUUGAUGCCUAUUUUCCUCGGUUUAGAUCUGCUCAAUAACUGCAGCCUCUUCUCACUUUCUUAUAUUGUAGGGUUAAUCCUCAAUAUAGGUUUAUUGCUAUCUCCAAGGCCAUGAUAUUUUCUUUAAUUACCAGUAUGGCAGAUGCUAUGUCUCUAAUACCUUCAAUACAUCGUGAAAUGAGUUUAAUGUUAAUAUUGCUCGAAGGAUACCAUGUAAAGAUAGGCAAGUUCAUGUCUGUUAUACAAAAUAUUAUAUUGAGAGUACUGUUGUAAGCAAGUUGUAGUAAGACCUGUUUACAGACGUAAACAAGGCUUCUGUGCUUUUUUGCGGCAAUUCAGAAUAUAUGUAGAGUGUGCGCUUUCUUCUGUAUGAAAUGGUUCCUCAGACAUACUGCAUUGGCUGUCUCAACUACUUUAACUUCGUCACACUUUAAUAGUGUUUGAAACUUGAUUUUUAUGAUUUUUGUAGUGUAUGGGUGCAUGUACUAAUUACAGUACCUGUAUAUC